AUGGCGAAGGGAGUGGCAGUGUUGAACAGCAGCGAGGGUGUUAAGGGGACUAUCUUCUUCACCCAGGAAGGAGAAGGUGUGACCACUGUGAGUGGAACAGUUUCUGGCCUUAAGCCUGGUCUCCAUGGUUUCCACGUCCAUGCUCUUGGUGACACCACUAACGGUUGCAUGUCUACAGGUCCACAUUUCAACCCCGAUGGUAAACAACACGGUGCCCCGGAGGAUGCUAAUCGUCAUGCUGGCGAUCUUGGAAACAUCACUGUUGGAGACGAUGGAACUGCCACCUUCACAAUCACUGACUGCCAGAUUCCUCUUACUGGACCAAACUCCAUUGUCGGAAGGGCUGUUGUUGUCCACGCAGACCCUGAUGACCUCGGAAAGGGAGGCCAUGAACUCAGCUUGGCAACCGGAAACGCAGGCGGCCGUAUUGCUUGCGGUAUCAUUGGUCUUCAGGGGUAA